AUGCAUCUCCUAGAUCUGCCAGUUGACGUUAUCCACCUCAUUUUCCGGGCCAUACCUGACCAAUGGGGUCUCUACAGUCUCUCCUUGCAAGACCCACACUUCAGCCCUGAUCCAUGGGAAGACGUUUUCUCCCUAGACUUGUGGUCUCUCAACUCCUUUGUCCAGACAUGCAGAGCGCUAUAUCAACUCCUAAACCCCAGCCUCUAUCAAUGGGAUGCCGAAUUUUACUCCAACCGCGCCCUGCGUUGGGCGGAGAGUGCCAACAUAGCAACUGCGCGGCUCGCACUCAGUGAGGCUCUCAGAGGAAAGAUACCACAAAAGAUGGGAGUGCUUAUAUUAUGUGGCUACAUUGCAAAAUCGAUCAGCCAUCGUGCACCUGUUACUGAUACAUGGUCUUGGAACGAUCCCAGCGUCGAUCUGCUCGAGGAAGUCAUACAUGUAGGCUCUGAGCCAAUCCUCAGCUUAUUGCUUGAUCAUGGGGCGGUCACCAACCGUCGAGUAUUCGAGACAAUGCUAAGACAAGUUGCGGGAAAAGGACACCUCGUCAAUGCCGGGCAUCCCGGUAUGGUUCGGUUCCUGCUUGAAAAAGGAAUUCGUCGUGAUAUACACCUGCCACGUUGGCCAUUCAUGCGUUGUGCCGCCGUCCACCGCGACCCAGAGAUAGCCAGGAUGCUCCUUCUUCAUGGAGCGAAUCCAUCUCCCGAGGAACCGCCUGGUACCAAUUUCGUCCCUCUGGGGCUUGCCGUCACUCUGGAGAACUACGCAGUGGCUCAGCUCCUCCGUGAGUCCAUCGACCUGGAGGGAUUAUUAGGCUAG